UGCGAACAUUUUAGUCCGUUUGGCGUCAUUUUAAGCGGGUGUGGAUGAAUUCCGUUUCUUGGUGGAUUUUGCUGCCAAUUUUGGCCACCAAACGUUGAAAACGGUUUCGUUGUCAUUCUUUAAAGGUGUAAUGUAAUAAAACCCAACAGUAGAAGUGGAAGUUUCGAUACGAGAACCGGCCAUGGCGUCGGAGCAGUUUUCGUUAUGUUGGGACAAUUUUCACAAGAAUAUGAGUUCCGGCAUGAACUCACUGCUUGAAAACGAGGAUCUCGUGGACGUGACGCUUGCCGUGGAAGGCAAAUGCCUCAAGGCUCACAAAAUGGUGCUGUCGGUGUGCAGUCCUUAUUUUAAAGAACUUUUUAAAUCGAACCCGUGUCAGCAUCCUAUAGUAUUUAUGAAAGACGUUAGUUAUGUAGCAAUUAGUGAUUUACUUCAGUUUAUGUACCAAGGGGAAGUACAAGUUAGUCAGGAGAAUUUAACUACUUUUAUUAAGACUGCUGAGGCCUUGCAAAUCAAAGGAUUGACGGGUGAUGGAAAUGGUUCUGUGGAUAAUGAUGAGUCGGUCCACGAAAAAUCUACUCCUGCACCGGAAGAUACCUACAAACCUGUCCCUAGACCUAAGAAACAACCACCAACACCUGUGGUAUCUUCCACGCCUGCUCCAAAAAGACAAAGGCUAAGUGAUUCUCAGCCCACCCCAUCUGCAGUGGUUACCAAAACUGAACCAGUAAACUCUAGUAGUGCCGAGACUCCACCUGUUCAGUUUAAAGUUGAACCUUAUGACCAGAAUCAAACCUUAACGAUACCAGAUGACGAUGGGGAUAAUUUUGGUGAUGAUACUCUGGAUGACAAUACAGCUGACGACACGGAGGACUAUAGUAUGAUGGAAGGUGAAGAACCCCAGGCUGGAACUAGUACAGAUGGCGCAGGUGAAGGACAAGGUGUCAUAUAUUUUACCGCUGGAAGAAAGUAUCCACUGAUGAUUUUAGAAGAUUACGAAUACAAGUUGAAAACCAGGAAUGCGAACAAGAGUUUGUGGAGAUGCACCCAGGAAGCCAAAUACAGGUGCAAAGCGAAGGCGAUGACGUUUGGCAAAACCGUCAGAAUCAAAUCGUCUGUCGGUCAUACCCACUCCGCAACUUUCACUGGAAAUCGCGACAACUUAAUGUCACAACAGGUCACCAUCGAAUAUUGUACCGUGUUUUUUUUACCAGGGAAAAAGCAUCCAAGAAUGGUCUUAGAUGGAUACGAAUUUAAUAUUGCCAAGAAAUUGGUCGCCAGCUCCAUCUGGCGGUGCGUUCGGGAAAGUAAGAGAUGCAAGUCGCGAUUGAAAUCAUUUGGCAAGACCGUACAAGUGAAAGCCAGUCACAACCAUCCGCCGACGUUCAUUGGAUCCUACUCCAACUUGAAAUCUCAAAUUGUUGCAUUGGAAUAUACGGAUUCCUAAAUUAUUGCACUCCGCGUUUUAGUUCUAUUUUAAUCUUGAGCCAAUAAAGAACAACUUUAUUACGAAUUCCACUUUUAAAUUCAAUUAUAGGACGGAACAAAUAGAUAGAGUAGUAAAAUAAAAUUUAAUCACGUAUUGAAAUAUUUUAACUAACGUUUCUUUUGUUAAAAUAAAACUUGUUACUAGUCCUAAUUGAACAAUCACCUAAAUAAGUAUCCAAACAUCUAAAUAAGUAUAAAAAAAAUUAUUUCUUAAUAUUUAACAUAUAAAUUACAGUACAUAAAAAUUUAGUUAGCUUUGGUUAGUAUAAGUAAACAUUAAAGUUUUAAAUUGAUUUAUAGACGGGUGAAGCACUCAAUUUUAACAAAAAUAAAAACUAUUAGAAAUAUAGCAGAACAGGCAUAUUUAAAAUUAUUAAUUUCACUUUUUUUCUUUUAUUUGAAUCACGGUGAGCAAAUUGUAACGCAAUUUGCCGGUAGAAUUUGGACAGGAAUUUGAAAAAGUUAAUAUUUAAACAAAACUUCUAUUUUUUGUAAAAUAAUAUUGCCUUGCUAUUUUACAAAAAAAAAUUAACACGUUCUCUAAUUAUAUCACACCAUCUACAAAAUUUGUUAAUUUUUUUGUUGGAAGAAGUUCCACCCUAAAGUGAAAAACUAUAUCUGGCAGAAAUUGGAAUAGUUAAUGGAACCUUCGUUUCCUUACUUCUCAAAUAACUCCCAAUGAUUUGGCACAUCGAUUUUAAAGUUUUUUGAUCUUAUGCAACAUUCAUGAAAAUUUUUGUUUUACACUAAUGUGCCACCAUGUAGGUACAUAUAUAUAGAUUCACUAGAUAUCAAGGGCCACAGACGUUUUUAAAAAGCAUAAACUGCUUAUACGAUGGUAGAAAUAUGCCUUCCAAAAAAUUUUAAGAAUACCAUGUGAACUGAAAGUCGUACAAGUUUAAGAAAUUCUCUUAAACAACUCGAUUAAAGAUGAAGAAAAACAAUCACACAUUAAUACUGUUUAAACGGAACAUUUGCCAUGGAGCCUAACAAAUCACAAAUUCAUUUUUUUAUAUAACUACGAAAUUUUGAACCCUGUUUUUUAGGGACGAUCCAUUUUAAGUAAGAUCGAAAGGAUCGAUAAUAAGAUUUCCCAUUAGAAACUACUAAUUUUAUGCUGUGGAAUAUCAAUAAAUUCUAUCUAAUUUUAGGCCAUU